UUAAACGCACACAUGAAAAUUCACUCUGGUGAGAGGCCUUACACAUGCACAACCUGUGGAAAAAGUUUUGUAUCUAAAUCUCAUUUACUUGAUCACAUGACAAUUCACACUGGUGAGAAGCCUUUCUCUUGUGAGAACUGUGGAAAAUGUUUCCGUAGGAAAUCUAACUUGGUUAGUCACAUCACAGUUCACACAGGUGAGAAGCUUUUCUCAUGUGAAACCUGUGGAAAAAGUUUUCAGAGGAAAUCUGACAUGGUUAGGCAUAUCAGAGCUCACACAGGUGAGAAGCCUUUCUCAUGUGAAACCUGUGGAAAAAGUUUCCAGAGGAAUCCUGAGUUGAUUGGGCAUAUCAGAGCUCACACAGGUGAGAAGCCUUUCUUAUGUGAAACCUGUGGUAAAAGUUUCACUAAUAAAAGAUAUGCAACUAUUCACAUGAAAACUCACACAGGUGAGAAACCUUUCUCAUGUGGGACUUGUGGAAAAUGUUUUGCUAGAAACCACAAUUUACAUCUUCACAUGAGAACUCAUACAGGUGAGAAGCCUUUCUCAUGUGGGAUCUGUGGAAAAAGUUUCACUCAAAAACGCCAUUUAAAAUCUCACAUCAGAAUUCACACACGUGAGAAGUAGCACUGCACUGAUUUAUCAGCCAGCCGAUUAAUCUAUGUUGAUUUCCUUAAUUUUGGGACAUCAGCUGAUUCUUGCAUGUGAAGCUGGUCUGAUCCCCCAAUUUUAUUGACCUCAGCCACUGCUCUCUUCUGCUCUCCAUUGAGAGGUGUGACUAUUAGAGCGCCCCAAAGCAAAAACUGCAAUCGGUGCACCCUUAGUGAAAAGCGAGGAAAAUGUUUUGUGUAGAUCCAGUUUACUUCAUCACAAGAAGAUUCACACUGGUUAGAAACCUUUCUGUUGCAGGUCCUGUAGAAAAGGUUUCACUCAAAAGAAAUGUAACAGUUCACAUGAGAACUCACAGGUUUGAUGACGCAAUGUGAACCUCAAGAUUCUUAGUAACCUGCUGUUUGGAAGUGGAGUAAUUGCAGGUUUGACUACUUUCAGGUUUAGACUUGUAAAAUUUUGGAAUCUUUAUUGUGUGUUUAUUCUUUGUACUUAUUUAUUUUAUUUCAAUGAUUUGGGGAAAUGGAUGUAUUUAUUUGACUUGGUUUUAAUGCUUAGAAAACGUAUUGAUGAUGUGGACUGAAUUUUAGAUAGAAAAAUUAUUUAAACUUUUAAUAUAAUUUUUAGGUAAUAAAUUAUUAUACUGAUGAAA